UGCGCUUCUCUGUAUUGGCCAAUUCGCACACUUAAAUGCCACCGAGAUGGCUUAAACAAUAAAGACUUUUUAAACUCCAGACACCAGUUCCAUUUUAAAAUCAAAUUUAAAAUCCACCAGUUCACUUUUUAAAAUCCAAACAACGAAGAGUGUUUUUGAACAUGGGGCAGAAAAUUGAAUUAGUUUCUUAGUUGCUGACCAAUACUUCCUUUUGAAUGAAUAUGCCAAUAAUACCUCGAAGUCCCUAUGAGUAGAAAUAUUGUAAUCUGCUUUCAAAUGUUUACGAGUAGCUGCAUCUUUGUUUACCAUCCUUCAAUCGUGGACACAGGUGCAAAAACUAAUUUCUGUUUGCUGAACCUUCCUAUUGCACUUUUAUGCGAGUUUUAAAUGGUCUGGAUAUCAAAAGAACAAAUAGGAAAAAAAUAAACUGCUUAAGUAAAACGACGCACUGGUGGAGGGAUCUAGCUAAAGAUGUGGUGGAGGGAUCUAGCAUCGUUGGCCUCUUGCUGAAUUGAUAAUGUGUCUCCAAUAUCCAUUCAAUGUUCAACAUUCUUUAUAGUAUUAAGCUAGCAAAGUACAACUGCGCUGCUAGACAUCAACUUUGGCCUGAACGACAGAGGAAAACUCAAUGCAGUUGAAUUAAGUUGGAUAGCCUUAUGCUGAACUUGCAGCCUUACGGCAGUAGCCCUCAAUCACUUAAUUGAAUGCACUGAGAAUUAUGUGAAACCGUGAUUUGAAUUCGUUUCUUUAUCCUAGCAACAGUGGGUGAGGAUGCUAGCUCAUUUAUCUUGAAAUCGUCUGUCAUAAGAAUGUUUGGAGUGCGUGGCGUGGGCACGAUCGCGUAUCGCAAUCGGUGGUUUAAUGGGUUGAAUAAUAGCAUGGAAGUUUCACAAAGGCUAAAGUCAAACGCAAACACAGGCAAUGAACAAAGCUAUUUGAAUCAUCGCCCAGAGAAAGCCUACAUAUUCUAGAACUAAACAGGACAACGAAAGGAUACCUGGUCACUUUUGUGAAACAUGAUUCCAGACUGCUUGCAAAAUUCUAUUGUUAUCAAAGAAAGACGAUUACCUCAGAGGAAGUUGCAAGUGAAGAGAAAUUCGAGGAACGGCUGAAAAGGAACUCGAGAGUUUUCAUUUGGAUUUCCUUUAUUGUGAAUUUAAGCUUCAAGAGCAGCUUUGUAGAAAACACUAAGCGAAACGAGGAGUGAAAAGUAGAAGUUUAAGGGACAAGGAAGGAAAACUUAGUUGAUUAACGCCAAGGACAGAUGAAAUCGUCAGUCAAGUCGAGACAAUGAAUAGUAGCGCUCUAAUCGAAAACUCGAGCGACGGAGUCAGUUAUCUGCACUUCCAGUGUCUAAAAGCCAGUGCUAUGUACCCAGUCGACGAAAGAUUUCAUAUCAAUUACAAACUAUUAAUAGCCUUCGAUGUAUUCCUGGCACCAUGGGCAUUCGUACUGAAUUUGCUAGUUCUGAUUGUACUUAUCAGGCACCGGUCUUUACGAACUGUACCAAACUGUAUCCUUAUGAGCCUUGCAGUCAGUGACAUGAUUGCUGGAUUUCUCAUCCAGCCAAUGAAAGCAGUAAUCACAACGAUGAUACUACAUAGAAAAAUCAACUGCAUCCUGUACCUCACUGCACUUCAGCUUGGAUACCUAAUGGGGAUGACGUCAUAUUUAUCGCUAACAUUGAUGUCUGUAGAGAGAUAUGUUGCGAUUUUCUAUCCUUUUAAAUAUCAUCAGUGGACGAGCAAAAAGACUGUAGUAUUGAAACCGAUCUUAGCAGUGUGGUUAUUUUCAACCGUUAUUAUGGGCCUCAGCUUCCUGACUCCUCAAAUGAGUGUAAUGCGAUUGUUCGUUAUAAUCCUCAUACCCACAUCAAUAUUAUGGAGUGCAUUUGUUUACAUCAAAGUUACGAUGCUGGUGCGGAAAUUGAAUAGUCAAGUGGCAUCUGUAUGCUGCAACGAUUCUGGUCACCAACAAACUGCUGUUGGUCAAGAGAAGACUGAAGCACACACGAGCCACAUCACUGAUCAAACCGACAAAGAGACGAAUCAGUUAGGGCCAAGCAUCAUCAACUCGAUGAAGAAGGAGGAAACCCAAAGCUUCGCUAAAAAACUCAAAAAGUACAAUCAAAAAUUAAAACCUAAUUCAAAGGCAACCAGAUUGGUUAUCAUUAUCAUGGCGAUUCUUUGUCUUUGCUAUAUACCAUCAGGAGUUUUGACAUUUCUGAGGGAUUAUUCAAAUCUAAAAGAACCAUGGAUUAGAGGGGUUCAUGACUGGGGAACGAGUUUCGUUCUCCUAAACUCGACUUUAAACCCAAUCAUAUACUGCUUGAAAAUAACUGAAAUGCGAGUGAAAAUCAAGAUAAUGUUAUGCAACAUUAUCCGCAAGGUGACAUGGAAAUAAAUAAAUACGGUGGCUGUCAUCUGAAGGAGAGAGAUUGAAUUUCUUGGAGUCAGGAAAUAUGAAAGCCUUGAUUAAAAUCGACUUAUAUUCUUUGAUUUGUGAAAUUUAAUUUUGAGCUCAGGAUGCAGAGGGAGUAUGUCUCGACCAAUCACGAUGGAAUGAGAGAACACUCUUGUCUUAUCUCGAACGAAGUUCCCAAUAGCAUUUUUAACAAUUGAUUGCUAGCAAUGAUUCUUUGUAAGAAUUUCUAUACGUGUAAAAUUUUAAUUCGUUUGUUCUCCUCAAAUCCCUUUCUCCUCAAAUGGGAUUGGGGUUAGAGUACAAUAAAAUUACACACUUUUGAUUAAUAGUCUUCAAUUAUUGUUGAACCUUGAUUCUUAGAAAACUUCAAAUCUGAGUGUAACAUAUUUUUAAAAUCAUUAUUUAACGACAUCAAGGGUAAGUUCUUUUAGGAAAUGGAAAAGAGUAAGAAAUUCCAAAAGCCCGUUAAAGUGUUUUGUUUUACUGCUACUUGAGUUUAGGAAUAUUUCAGCCUGGCUGUAAUUCCUAUUUUCUUUUGUCUUUUUAGCAGUUUUAAGGCUCAAAAUUUAAAUAAACGAUAUUCUUAUAAAAUAGUGUGUCGUUAUCUUCAAAAAACGAUUUAUUGAAAGUUAUUCGCUCUGAAGUCGUCAGAUUGUUGUUGUUUUUCAUAGAGUCAGAACCUAAAUUAUGAAAACCGCACCAAUUUACCAAGAAAACUAAGUGGUAUCCACGUGAAUUCACGACAGUAGCGUUGAAAAAUCUUUCACCCAAAUACACAGCUUAAUGAUCUUUUUCUACAAUAGCCAUAGACGAGCAGAGCAAUUACUGUAAGUCCUCGAAUAAACCCCCACUGUUGAAUAAGCCACUCUCGAAUAACCCCCAGACUUGAAGUACUUUUUGUAAAAUAAGCUCCUACUCUCUAUUAAGCCCUCAUGGGUUACAGCAAAAUGUUUAGCCAGUCUCAAACAGUCUUAAACAGUCUCAAACAGUCUCAAACAGUCUCAAACAGUCUCAAACAGUCUCAAACAGUCUCAAACAGUCUCAAACAGUCUCCAACAGUCUCAAACAGUCUCAAACAGUCUCAAACAGUCUCAAACAGUCUCAAACAGUCUCAAACAGUCUCAAACAGAGAAAGAAAAUUCACCAUACUAAAAUUUUUGCAAAGAAAGCCAUCCCCCUCCACCCUCGAAUUAGCUCCCAACCAAAAAUAUUCUCUGCGAAAUUAGCCCCCGGGGGCUAUUUCAAGGACUAUAGUAACCUUGUUUUCGCAGCCACAUACAUAUUUAUAUAUAAGAAACAAAAACAUACUUGUUGAUUGCCACUGAUGAAGGGAUUUUUGUCAGAGCUGCUCUUUCUUUCAAAGAAUGUACCUGUAAUUGUAAAAAAUAUUUUAUCAAGAUUUCAGUAAUUUUAUCAUAAUUUAUUCUUUUUAUUAAGUGACAAGAAUUAAGCUUUACAGUGAUACGCUUCUUUUCUUUUAUAAGAGAUUGAUAAAAAUUUACAAGACUAUUUAAAUCAUAGCGACACGUAAGCAUCUUAAGCUUUUUUAAAGAUUUCUGUAGAUACAGUAGGCACAAGACGGAGUUUGAACCUGUUUUUUGCAUUCAUCCAGGGACACCGGAACGACUAAGGGGCAAGGGAAGAGGUUUCAGUAAAAAGGCAUCUGAAAUAUAAUUUUCACCUUCAACUAAUUCGUUUGUAACUUUAAUUUUAUUUAUAUAUCUUCUGUAGGCAUGUUGAAAAGGGGCUAAAAUCUGACAUUGGAAAUUUCACAAGAUUUGAGGAAUAUCAUCAUGAAUACAGUCAUAAUUCAAUAUGAUUCUAUUUGAUAAUUACAAAAGACCGAUGUCAAGGGUACUUUUGUGAAAAGGGCACUUUUGCCCCCUGCCCCUCCUUUGAAAGGGCAAGAGGGGUGGUUGCCCUCCUACCCGUCCCCCUCUCUCCGAACGUAUCUGCAUUCAUUAAACUUCUUUACCGUACGACCACUCUGAUUUCUUGGCUGUGAACUAAAUACAACCUGUGCAAAUAUUCGGCUGCUGAUUUACUUCAGAACAAAGAGUGUUUGAUUUGCAAUAUGGUUUUUUUAUCCAUUUUCUUGGAAGUCCUAUUAAUGGUGGGGCUAUUUGAACUUGUCGAGUAUGGUUGACACUCUGAUUGCCCGAGCACUCCACUUUCAAUUGAUUUGGUUUUAGAAAUAGCACCUGGCUUUGAAACGUUGCGAGCUUAAAAGGUUUGUUUAGAAACUGACCAACGUUGGGACUCUCUUUUCAUAUUCUAAUGACUUUAUACAAUGAACAACAGUUGUUGGAAUCUUGCAGUCAGUUUCAGCAAAUAAAGAUUUCAUAUAAUUGCAAUAAAAAUUUUUCAUCAAACAGGUGGCAAAGCUCAAAUCAAAAAAGGUAAACUUUUAAUAUUUCCUUUUUCCUUUCACCAUGGAAACAGGUAUUAACCAUAAAAUUAUUAUUUGUCAAAACAAUUGAAUUCGAAAACGGAUUUCUGGAAAAUCAGCUGCCUACUCCCAAAACUUAAAAACUGAACUGAACCUUUCAGAGAAAUUCUAGAAAGAGAUACUUUCCGAGAAUUUGGUAUUCAAUGAGAUGGAUUAGUAAGUACCCCUCUUGAAUGCUUCCGCCUUUCCCUUUUUAUGCGAUCCUCAAAUUGGCAGCACAAAACUUUUGAAUUGGCUCUUAAGCGUAGAGCUUUGCGACUCGAGUUUGCUUCAAACAUAGCUUUUUAAAUGUGCUUUUUCUACAUAGCUUUUUAAUUUUUUUUGCCUACAUAGCUUUGAACUGCUUUUUGUACGACGUAACCGGAAAGGAAACAGCCAAUUUCUGCUUUAACUAGAAGCUUUUGUGUACUUCAGUGCCCCAAUUUUUGACGUUUGAUAGUCGCUUGUCUAUUGAUAGUUUUAUUUUGAACAAUUAAAAUAAAAUCACGAAGACAAUUAAUCAUCAAUAAAACCUUAGCAAUUUCUUACGCCCAAUUCUCUCUCUUACUCCAUGUCGCCAACGCCUGUUUACUUGGUGAUAACAUCUUAUCCUCACUUUUUCAAUGGGCAUAUUUAUAGCUAUUAACACCAGAACGUCUUGAUUCGAUAAUACUAAGUUGAUCGAGAUUUUAAUACCUUGUUUUAAGGCAGUUCACCCACAAUAACUUAUGUCAGAUGCCAGAAAGGCAGAGGAAGACCCUGUUAAGGCGAGGCUUUCAAUUUUUAAUUAUCCAAUCACGGAGGGGUCAGACUGCUUUCAAUAAAAAGAAAAUUUUUUCGUUUAUUUCUAGCACAAUGAUGGCAUACGAAAAGACUUUGACAAUCUCAGACACCAGAAAAUUGGAAUAAGUUGUGCUGUGCUCUGAAACAGGAAAAAUAACACUUUGUAGAACAACAACUUCCUUGAUGUAUCCUCCGUGAUGUUUUUGUUCCUUCUAUUACUUUUUUGGAGAGAAAUUCCCCAUUCAAAAGAUUUUCCUUUAUACAACCCUGGUACCUACAAACGAUGGUUUCCGAUUUAUGAAAUCUAUGACACAGCAAGACGUUCUUCUGACGAGUCAUGGUCCGUUCUAACAAGUCUGAUAAAUAUUUCGAUCUGGACAUAGCCUUUUUUACUAGUCACAGGAGAGAAUACCCUGUUUGAAUCCAAAAGAUACUAGAAAACAUUGAUGAAAAUUUAGCAAAUAGUCCCUCACUGAAGGUCUUGAUUAGCCAAGAUUUGAAUGGCCUAAAUUGUGCUUGCCUGAGUGUCAUCGAAAUAUCAAAAUGAGACCGCUGGUCUAAAGUUUGGUCAAAAAACUUCAUGAAAACCAGCCAAAGUGUUAGCAAAUGUCAGAGCAAUGUUGCAACCCAAAGCAGCUCCAUCUAAAAGGCGCUUCAUUGAUUAUUGUAGCUUUACUAGCGACAAUUAGUAUAAGGUCUUCGAGCAUGCAACUGCUACCCGCCAUUUAUAUUCCUCUGAAACUACUUUACGGAACAAUUACUAACACUUGGGAAAAUAUUUGAAGGAUGUUCCCCAAAAGCAAAAACAAACAUGCUUGAAGGAUGUUCCCCAAUAGUCUGUUUGGUCAUCACAAUUUCUUCAAGCGACUUCCCAUUUGCAUUUUCUUCCUUUAAUAUAUCAAAAUGGCUGAAGCAAAAGUAGCAACAUCUUCUAUUUUCUUUAUAUAAUGAAGGAAAGAGAAAAGAUGCAAUUGAACGAGAAAGAAAAGUGAUAGAAAAAGUUAGUGGAAACAUGAAUGAGGCCAAAGGUUAUCAAACUUUAGAAGUAAGACGAGUGGUAGUUUAGAAUGAAAGAAAUGUGUUUAAAACAUUAUCGAUCUAAAACCUUAAGUGACUGGCAAACAGUUAAAGAACAGUAGACCGAGCAUUUUGAGCUUCUAUUAUCUCAAUUUGUUUACCAACCUGGUUCUGCAGCAGUGAUAGUGUACGUAGAUCCUAA